AUGGCAACCCCCCGCGUGUUCAUCGUCCGUCACGGAGAGACCGAAUGGUCGCUCAAUGGUCGUCACACCGGGUCCACGGACAUACCGCUCACGGCCACCGGUGAGAAACGCGUGUUGGCCACGGGUAAGGCCCUAGUGGGGAAUGACCGCCUAAUUGCCCCCAGCAAGUUGGCGCAUAUCUAUGUAUCACCAAGACGGCGGGCGCAACGUACCCUAGAGCUACUCAACGUUGCGACCAAGGACCAGCUACCUUGGCAGGCCCAUGGCGAAACAUUUUGCGAAGGCCAGCAGUGCGAAGUCGAGGUUGAGAUCACCGAAGACAUCCGGGAGUGGGAUUACGGUGAUUAUGAGGGCAUCACAACGCACCAGAUCAAGGAGUUGCGGAAACAACAAGAUCUGGACCCUAAUUGGGACAUUUGGAGAGAUGGUUGCCCAGGCGGGGAGAGCCCAACUGAUAUCUCCGAACGUCUCGACCGGCUGAUUCAAGACAUUCGUGAAAGGUGGCACGCUCCCGUCUUUGGGAAGGAAAAGAACACCGACAGCAAUGCGACCGGCGACGUUUUGAUUGUUGCUCACGGUCACAUCCUCCGGGCCUUUGCCCAGCGCUGGGCAAACCAGUCUCUUCACGCAGGGCCAAGCUUCCUUCUCGAAGCUGGCGGCGUCGGUACGUUGAGUUAUGAACAUCAUAAUAUUGACGAGCCGGCCAUCCUUCUCGGUGGUGCCUUCGUCGUGGACAUCCCAGAAGCGCAGCAAAGAGUGAAGCAGUGA